AUGCCUGUUGCAACAGCCGAGCCGCAGCCGUUUGAGUUCCCACCAGGGUACGUGAUGCCGCUACCCACCCGUCCGAGCAAGAUGGAUGAGGACGCGCUGCAUCCCGUGCGCGUGCCGACACCGCUGCCGGACCUGCUGCCGCGCAACAUGAAGGACAUCCAGAAGAUGCGUAACCUGCAGUCCGACGGCGACACAGCCAAGAAGUACGUGCCACCGCGCCGCGACCUGCCGCCGCCGUACGUGAACGACGACGAGUGCGACGAGUUCGAGGACAAGACGAUCGACACGACCAUCCUGAACAUGUCGGAGAAGGACCGCACGAAGCGCAUGGGCCACACCUACCAGUUAAACGGCCCCGCCGUUGAGGGCGACGUCACGCCGGUCUUCGAGAACGGCCUGCUCUUCAAGGUCGUGACGCCAGAUGGCUCUUGGUACUACUACAACGACACGGACAAGUACGAGAUGCAUGUGAAGUUCACCUUCGGCGCCAAGUCAGACCUACAACCCGGCGAAAAAGUCGACAUGUACGUUAUGAGCACAAGCGAGCUGUCCGCCUCCCUCGUCGUCUUCCCCGGCGAGACGACGAAGCUGGUAGCUGGAAAGAUCAACGGCUUCAAGUGCAGCGCUAAGGCGGUGCCACUUAACGACGACAAGCGCGACAUCCUCUACGGCGAAGUCAACGACCGCAUCGCCGACGAUCUGAUGGACAUGGCGCAGGCAAUCGGCGUUCGGGAAGACGACUUGACAGAGGAGAAGGUGCUGGCGUACUGCGAGGAAAACGAGAAGCCGUACAUCGACUGCGACUUCCGCCCGUGCGACUACUCGCUCUACCGCGCUGACGUGGACACGUACCUGCCGCGCUUCAUCCCGUGGCACCGCCCAUCCACCUGGAUCCCGGAAGAGCAGCUCACGGAGGUGCGCCUCUUCCGCCGUGACAUCCUGCCGUCCCAGGUGACACACGGUUCCAUCGGCGACACCUACCUCGUCUCUGCCAUCGCCGCCCUGACCGACGCCAGCGGCGACCGGCUGCACGACCUCUUCCGCCACCCGGUGAGCGCCGCCAACGGCAAGAUCGAGCGUGCCCUCGGUGCCUACUGGGUCACCAUAAACUUCAACGGCUGGUGGCUGCCGGUACUGCUGGACGACUUCCUGCCUGCGACGCGUGACGGCCCCGAGUUUGCGCGGUGCGCGGUGGACAUUCGGCGCAUGUGGGUGGCGCUACUGGAGAAGACGUACGCGAAGGUGCACGGCUCCUACGCGAACAUCGCGAGCGGCGACCCACUGGAGCCGCUCUCAGAGUUCACCGGCUUCCCAGUGACCCGCUACGAGAGCUUCUGGGAGGACGCGCGGGGCGGUGACGACAUGCUGUUUCAGGAGAUGCUGUCGUACAACAGGAUGGGGCACUUGCAGGUGCUCUGCACCCCGUCCGACGGCGGCGAGGCAUUCGGCAACGCGAACGUCGUCAGCGCAAACCCGGAGCUGGAAGCGACGUACGAGAAGAUGGGCCUCCUCCUACACCAUGGCUACGCAGUGCUGCAGACGGAGUACUUCGAGGACCUCGACCUCCGUCUGCUGCGCCUCCGCAACCCGUGGGGCAACGGCUCUGAGUGGACCGGCGCGUGGAGCAAGGACGACAAGCGCUGGAACAAGUACCCGUCUGUGCGCAACGCGUGCUACCGGCACGGUGGCAGCCCGACGGAUGCCGACCGCACGUUCUGGGUAGAGUGGUGUGACGCGCUCAAGAUCUUCUCCGGCGGUGGAUGCUGCCACCUGCGCACUCCGUGGUUCGACUACCGCGUCCGUGGCGAGUUUGCCCAGGGCAUCCCGACCAUCUCUUUCGAGGUUAACGUGUCCGCGCCGACGGAGGCCUACAUCACUCUCUCGCAGGAGGACGAGCGCGAUGACCCGUCGCUGGAGUACCACGCACUCCUGCUGAGCGUGUUCCGGCACAGCGGCAAGAAGGAAAAGCUGGACGCCACCAGCAACUCGCUUGUGGAGAAGCCGGACCGCCAGCUCAAGUUCAACUUCUCGCGUGACGUGGCGAUGAAGUACACCUUUUUGCCAGAGCACAGCCCGUACUUUAUCAUCCCGCGCAUCCACGACCCCAGCGUGACGAAGCCGUACGUGAUGGGCCUACUGUGUGACACCUACAUUGGCAACGGCAUCAAGGUGGAGUUCAAGCGGGUGGACCGCAACUGCCGCGUCUUCGCUAACAUGCCGUCCUUUGCACCGGCAGGAAUGAUGGAGGACACUGCGGCUGAGUACCAGAUCCGCACUCCACGGCAGCCAAUUGAGUGCAUCGGGGAGGAGAUCGUCGACGAGCGCCUACGCGAGUUUGGCAUUCUGGAGGAGUAG